AUGGGUUCAAAAAACAUGAGAGUCAAGAAGGCUACAUCUAACUCCCCAAGAAGUGUACCAAAUGCCUCAGAGUCUAAGCCCAUCCCUUCCAAAGCUCUGAAAGAUCGCCAUGCCAAGGUUCAGGGGCGCGAUCGACGUAUCCGCCUUCCACCAUUGUGUGCAGCUCGGGUAUUUCAGCUAACUCGCGAGCUUGGAAAUAAAACAGAUGGGCAGACUGUAGAGUGGCUGUUGAAGAAGGCUGAGCCAUCAAUUAUAGCUAUAACUGGUAAAGAUAUUGCCUCUGCUGCUCCAGAGUUACAUGGCUGCAAGCCUUCUGAUCCAUCUUCAUCUACUACUACUACUACAGCAAAAACUUUGGAUGGAAACAACUAUGCAUUCCCAACUGUUGAUGAGCAGGUACCUUUGCCAAAUUAUGAAUUUGACUUGGUCUCGGAUUUUGAGAUGGAACUUUUUGCUCGUCAUAUCAACACUCUUCAAGAAGUACCAGAAAACUCCGAGAGAGAAGCCGAGGACGACGACUGA